AUGGCCCCGCGCGUUUCCCUAUCGGCGUUCCUCGCGAGCGCCAAAUCGGCGCUGGCAUCGUCUACAACCAAGAAGCAAAAGUUGACAUUUGUCGUGGGAAACGAGUCGGCCGAUCUCGACUCUCUCUGCUCGGCACUGCUCCUGGCCUAUCUGCGCACUUACACGCCUCCCCACACUCUGCAUAUCCCGCUGUGCCACCUGGCCCGGGAUGACUUGACUCUGCGGCCAGAGUUCACCGAGGUGCUGCGGCGGGCCUCGGCGUCGCCAGACGACGUGAUCACCCUGGACGACUUGUCGGCAGCGUCGUCCGCCAGCGCUGGGAACCUGGACGCCGACUGGCUCCUUGUGGACCACAAUUGCCUGACGGGCCGGCUGGAAGCCUAUGCCAAUAGAGUCAUUGGCUGCAUUGACCACCACGCCGACGAGGGCCGCGUGCCCCGCGACGCCUCGCCCCGCGUGCUCGAGCAGAGCGGUAGCUGCGCCAGUCUCGUCGUGGACUACUGUCGGGAAGCCUGGGACGAGCUCAAGUCCAAGAGUGCAGCUGCCGAGGAGGGCGAACAAGUCGAUGCCCAGCUCGCCGCGCUGGCCCUCGGGCCCAUUGUCAUUGACACGACCAACCUAGAGGCCAAGACCAAGACGACAGCCUACGACGUGGAGGCGGUGCGGUACCUGGAAGGCAAGUUGGCCGCCAAUACCGAGGGUCGCCCACCGUUUGACCGCACUGCCUACUUUACUGCCCUGGCUGGCCUCAAGGAGGACAUUUCACCGCUGUCGAUGCGCGACGUUCUCCGCAAGGAUUACAAGGAGUGGGAUCAGGGCGGGCUCAAACUUGGCACGUCGUCGAUUCCGGCUUCCUUUGUCAACUUGCGGGACAAGGCCGGCAACGGGGCCCAGCUCGCACAAGUGGUGGAGAAGUGGGGAGACGAGAAGGGGCUCGAUCUUGUCGCCGUCAUGACUGCCUUCAAGGAGGCGGAAGGCAACUUUAGCCGUGAGCUCAUGUUAGUUGCAAGAUCGGAAAAGGGUGUCGAAGCAGCGAAGCGUUUCGAGCAUGAGUAUAGAGGGAAGCUGGAAUUGAAUGAAUGGAGAGGUGGAGAGUUGGACCAUGUAACAGAGGCCGCAUGGAGGAAAUGUUGGACCCAGGGCAAAGUUGAAAAUAGUCGUAAACAGGUUGCUCCCAUGUUAAGGCAAGCGAUGACUGUGUAG